AUGUUCUUUCCGCCUUGGUACGAUUACGUCUGGGUCGACCCAGUUUGGAAACAACACCAUGGCAACGAUAUCCAACCGUCGUGGCACUUCUUGCCCCUCGUCAGCGCGGUCUCUCCCUGCACGGCUACGGAGGGCAAGGUUAUCGGCAGCAACUUGUGUCGCGCCCAUCACGAGAAGCGUUUGAAUGCGGACCACCUGUGGCGGUUCUGGCCGAUGGAGGAGGCGUUGCUCGAACGGGAGCGGCAAGGCUGGAGGUUUGCGUGCUGGGUGGUGGGCGGAUACGGUGACCCGGACUCAUGCAUGCACGUCUACCUCCCGCACUUCGUCACCGGCGGUUGGGGCGAGUACGAACCCCUGGACGACCGGCUUCGGAUGAUCGUUUUCUACGAGAGGGAGCGCCUCAAUUCCAACCUGCGCCUCUUGGCCGACCUCGUCCACACCUUAACGCACGCGGGGUGGCUGGCUGCUGGCCCCUCUCCACUUGAGAUCCUGGCCCUCAAGCGCCGCGGCCCCGUCGUGUCGGUCAGAAAGUCUUCGCGGCGCGCUGCAAGGGUCCGUCUUGAGGCUGUCGCCGACCUGAAGGCAGCCUGGGGCCUACCGCACGGGCGCAACCUCAUGGCCAUCUCGCGCGCUAUCAGGAAGCUCGUUGAGGCCAUGCUGGAGCUGUGGCCUUGGAGCUCCAGUCCGGUGAUCAUGAGCGUCAGCGAACAUGCAAUCUGGUUCGACCUCUUUGUUGCAUGCGCCUCUCUCCACGAUCCCAGACUUCUGCCCGAAAUUCCUGGCUCCGGUCCUCGCCCUGAGCUUCGCACGGAGGGUCCCAAGGCGGACAUUCGUUACGCUGGCAUGACGUUUGCACGUCUCUGUGCUCUUGCGUUGGUUCACGCGCCGUUCGUCGAUGUAAUGCACCUGAACCGUGGCUACUAUGGCGUUGAGCUCACUUCCCGCUUCUUUCCUUGGUUGGCGGAUGAAGGCCGCAUCGCUCGCCGCGGCAUUUCGACUGCAGCAUCGACCGAGGCGCUCAAGGUCGCUGACUGGGCCCAUUCCGAUUGCGACCGCGAUCACUAUCGAUGCCAAUUUGGUCGCUGGCCGGAGGACGAAGUGCAGAAGCUCCGUGCGUUCAGGGAGCAUCCGCCCAAGUGGUGGAGCAAUGUCACAGUCGGCAACCAGGCGCCUUGGUGGCUCGGUCUCCAGGUUCAGCAGCAAUGGGCCGAGGCCGCGGCGAUCAGGGAUGCUGAGAGGGAGUCUGCGGCUAAAGCCGCGCAAUGUGCGAUGCUCGUCCGGUUAAAUAGGGACAUGAGGAGGUUGAUGAUACGCAUCCGGGACGACCGUGCAUCGGAGGAGAUGCGCUCGCGGCAGACCGGGCUCCGAUGUCUCUCGCGCGGUGACGAUGGGGCCGCCGCAGCCGGGACGGCUCCAGCGCUGGCUCAGACGCCCAUCCCCGCUCCCAACGCCGAGGAACCUCAAUACCGGAACGAGCUCUUGGAGAUGGAGCGCCAGUUGCUGUGGGAGAUGUUCGAGAGUCUCACGGCAACAUUGGAUGACGAAGAGCUGGAGGACGCGUGGGGCGCGUUCGCGCCUUACAGAGAUGACGAUGGAGACGCUGUCAUGGGCGACGAGGCAGCCACCGAGAGCAAUCUGAGUGAUUCUCCCUCCCCUCCCGCUUUCCAUGCCAUUGCCGAUGAGGACAGCGAGUCUAUCUCGACCAUCUCGGACCUUGACGACCGCCAGAGCGUGCUCUUUACGCCUUCCCCCGAACCUGACUUGGCCCACGAGCCAGAGUCGCCCGUACCGCCUGUCAAUCCUUCGACCCUCGCCUCCAACAGCAGUUGCGCGUGGUUCGUCGGCCUCCCCUCGCAACACAAGGUCCCCAUGCUCGCCUUCCCGGACAAGCGAGUCGAGAUGGAGUUUACGACCAGCCGCGUGGUGGACAUGGGGGAGAACUUCCAGCUCGCUCUCGGCGGUGUGUCCGGCGUGUUCUAUUUGCCCGCCUAUACUCCGUAG